CAACAUUCUCUUCGUCGUUCGUUCUAUCCCACACGCCUGUUGACCAGGUUAUCAUUCUUUCGCCUGGUGCAGACGUUCUUUUUGGUUGUAUUAUAUUGUUCAUUUCUAAACGAUCAUGGUGGCCCUUCUUUGUGCUGCGCUUCUCGGGAGUGCAUCGUUGAUUGCAGGCCUCCCAGUUGCCGAGAAGCGCACUGUGACAGCACUAGACCAGGGGGCAUUCGAGGAAGCUCAACAACGAGAUGACACUGCGACGAGAGCGUUCUCUUCCGUUCCCAUCAAGACUUCCACGGGGCAAUGUCUCUUCGUCGACGAGCUGUCUGGGGAUUUUCGUGCUAAUUUAACGCCUAUUGAAGUUGGAACCUGUGAUGGGAGUGACGGACAGCUUUGGGAUGUGAUAACGGCUGGAAAGCAUGAUGACCAACCAGGCACGAUGUUGAUUGUGAGCACAUUGACUCAAGCUUGCUUCAAUUUCGACCCACGUCGCGCAGCAGGAAACCAGGUGAUCCUGUUUUCUUGUGGCGGCCGUGCCGAUGGUAGUGGCAGCGUCACAGACUCUCAGCUCUUCCCUUUCGCCGGAAGUGCAGGCCCACAGUCAUUCUCUCCGGUAAAUUCGCCUGGUACGUGUUUGACGGUGAGCGGAGCUGUGCUUGACCAGACUGCAUGUGAUGCCACAGACGCAAACCAAUCGUUCACAUUUGGGGAUGUCAUCAGCGCCUCAACAGCAGUCGCCUCAGCUUCGCUCACAUCUGCCACUACCGCUGUCGAGGUUGUCAGCCCUACCUCAACUUCAGGCCUGGAGAUAGAAACGAUUACAUCACCACCCACCACUUCGCCAACCGCAGCAGCAUCUACCACUUCAGCCUCCGUUGUUUCAGUCUCUCGCGCAGGUGCUGUCCUUAACUCUUCCGCAGUCGCUGAAGCGAAUCCUCGUGAUGUUACCGCCACCCGAGCCUUCUCGUCUGUCGCAAUCAAGUCCGCUGAUGGCCAAUGUCUAUUCAUCGACCCAACAGCCGGCGAUUUCCGUGAAAACCUCAUACCGAUUGUUCUCCAACCAUGCGAUGGAAGCGCCAAUCAGCAGUGGGAUGUCAUUACCGCAGGAAAGCACAACGAUCAACCAAACUCUGCCUUGAUAGUCAGUUCUCUCACACAGGGUUGCUUGAACUUUGAUCCAAGACGAGCGGCGGAAGAUACGGUCAUUACGUUCAGUUGUGGAGGGAGAGCCGAUGGUGGUGGCACAGUUACCAAUAGCCAACUGUUCACAUUUACUUCUGGACAGACCAGCCUGACUCUGCAGCCAGAGAACGGAUCGGGAGAUGUCUGUCUAGUCCCCAACUCAUCGGGCAGACUAGACCAGGCUACAUGUAGCGGCACGGCACAUCAACUGUUUACCAUUGAGUAAAGAGCAAGAGAGAUAUCAG